AUGCCUGAUCUCAUUUUUGACUCCUUGAAUUUUAUAGCACUAUUGAGUUUAUCGCUUUUGACACUGGCCAUUCUGCAUCAUCAUCAAAGACACAAUACAUCAUCAAAUGUACCACAUCGAAGAUAUUCAGUAUCUUCUGUUGCAAAGCCACCAAAAAACAUGACAAAACAUUCUUCAUCUUCGCAUAGAUCCUCGCUUAGUCAUGGAGGGGGCGAAGGAAUAUUAGCUGAAGGUGUUAACCAUACAUCUAGACCUUCUCGCAAAGAUUCUGGGAUUUCAACUACGAGCUUUCAAUCGCAUAAAAAAGUUGAUUCACAAGGAAUUAAUAAAAAACAUAAUAAAAGAAUGUCGAAUCCAGUUGUAAGCAAAUCAGCAACACUUGAUGCCAAUAAGAAUAAUCAAAACAUACUGACUUUUGAAGAAGAUUAUAUCUCUUAA